UUCUGCUCCGGUGACGGCCGCCUCGUCGCGGGCAGAUGGGAUCCCAUCUCUCCCCUCCGUGGGGCGCUCUCUUCUACUCCGUCGUCAAGAGCUCCGAGGGUCGGGUCGUUUUAUCUCCUCCGACCAGCGAGUUGUGAGCUACCAUGAGGAGCUGCUACUCGUCUUUGGAGGGAAUGGCAGGAAGCAAGCUGAGUUGGUUGAGGAAUGGGAUUGGUUGAUGCAAUCAUGCAACUGAAAAUCUGUGCAAUUUCCACCCUCGUAUAUUGCAGAACACUGGAGAGAAAUGCCCUUUCUAAUUGAUUUGGGAGGUAGGUGAUUGGCUACCUGCUUCUGCUGCUGACACAGGAAAAUGCAUUUUUGGGUAGAGUGAUUUGGACUGAUCUUUCUCUCACAACGGCCAUGUCUGGUCAUGCCUGAAUGGCAGCUUCCGUGUGCUGAGUAGAGUCAGAUGUGCUGCUGCUUAUGGAAAUUGGAAGCACUAUGCACACUUAGAUCAUGUUUCAUGUUGGGCGUUGUAGGAUUCUCUGGUAAGAAAGGUAAAUUGCUGAUGGCGGCAGUGUAGGAUCUGAUUAGCUUGCACAUGUAAAUUCGCUGAAAUACCCUGAAAUGACUGCCGAAAGGAAGCGUUGUCACUAAUUCCUCACUAUAAAAAAAAUAUCAAAGAUAAUCAGAUCGUUUUGUUGUUUCGAGCUAGAGUAGACUAGAUCAGAGGGCAUUUCUUUGCGCAAGUUGAAUUCCAAAGUUGUUCUAAUAUCUAGUUUAAACAAUAGCAGCAACACUUGAACACGUAUGCAUGGGCGAAACAGAUGGCAACUAUCGAUAUUCGAUCACUGUUCUGAAUAUUUUGCUCUGACAAUUUCAAGUUCUACCUUGAGAAAGUAUAUUUUCUGCCACCACCAGAUGCAUAAAUUAAUGAAUAAAAUUUUCAAACUUCAACAACAAGCGAUAAGAUUAUCAAUUGUACAGCAUGAUACUUCAAUUCGCUCAAGGUCAUACGUCAGUUGGUACUUACAAGAAGGAAAGCCCCAUUGACUUGGCUGCUCAUUGUCAACAAUAUCUUCAUUGCUCUAUGCACGGAUGGUGCUUGAUGCUUCCAGCCCCAGGAGUGCCAACUGCAAGUCGCUCUUGACUUUAUUCUUGCGAUUCCAUUCUGUAAGAAUCAGACAUUUGCUUGACCAAAGAAAAUGUCCAUAUCAUUAUUUGUUGUCACUGGAAUUUCCUUGAACUUCCGCACCUAUCAACUUCACGACGCAGGUAUUCAGACACUUUGGACUAUUAUAUAUUUAUAAACAGACUAUUAGCUUCUUUCACAAGGAAAAGAGAAGGCAUGGUGGAAGUUUUGAAAUUUUAAUUCAGAGCCAUAUCAUUCUUGGACUUAGUGCUGUCACCAUGAUUUUCUUCGAAUUUCCACAGUCAUCAACUUCAGAAUGAGGACUCACAAAGCUCAAGGGAUGGAGAUAGCAGCUAGAACCACCUUCUUCCUGUUGUUUGCUAAUGUCAUUUUUGCUCAUAGGGCUACUGUGAGUGGAGCAGCAACACUCAAUGUUGGAGUGAUCCUCAACUUGCAGUCGUUGGUGGGCAAGAUGGCACGCACCAGCAUUUUGAUGGCCAUGGAAGAUUUCUAUGUGGUCCAUGGGAACUAUACAACAAAGAUCGUUCUUCACAUCAGAGAUUCCAAUGCAGACAAUGUCCAAGCUGCAUCAGAAGCUGUUGACCUGCUGGAGAAUUACAAUGUCAGAGCCAUUAUUGGUCCACAAAAAUCUUCAGAGGCUACUUUUGUUUCUGAUCUUGGGAAUAAGAGUCAAGUACCAGUUAUCUCCUUUACUGCAACUAGUCCCACUCUGUCAUCUGGCUCUGUGCCUUACUUUUUUCGUGCAACACUAAGUGAUGUAGCUCAAGUGAAUUGCAUUGCUGCUCUCAUUAAGGGCUAUGGUUGGAGAGAAGUGGUACCAAUCUAUGAAGACACAGACUAUGGUAGGGGCAUCAUACCAUACUUGGUUGAUGCCCUCCAAGAGUUUGGAGCUUCUAUAUCUUAUCGUAGUGCAAUCCCUGUAUCAGCAAGCAGUGACCAACUUGAACAAGAACUCUACAAGCUAAUGACAAUGCAAACAAGGGUAAACAUUGUGCACAUGUCAUCCUCUAUUGCCUCUACUCUCUUCACAAAGGCCAAGGAGUUAGGAAUGAUGAGUGACAUGUAUGCAUGGAUUGUGACAGAUGGGAUUGCAAAUAUCAUUAACUCAGUCAACCCUUCAAUUCUUGAUGCAAUGAAUGGUGCACUGGGUGUGAAAUUCUAUGUGCCUAAAUCAAAGGAACUUGAUGAUUUCACUACAAGAUGGAACAAGAGGUUUAAACAAGACUACCCAAAUGACCCGCCAUCUCAGCUAGGCACUUUCGGACUCUGGGGUUAUGAUGCUAUUUGGGCCUUGGCACAAGCAGCAGAGAAAGUUAGCAAGGUAGAUCACGAUAUAUUUCACAAGCAGCAGCACAGGAUGAACUCAACGUGUUUUGGAACUAUGGGUAUGUCUACAAUUGGUCCAAAACUCCUAGAUGAAAUCAUACACAAUAAGUUCAGAGGCCUAAGUGGUGAUUUUGACCUUGAAAAUAGGCAGCUGCAACCUUCCAUAUUCCAGAUAAUUAAUAUGGUUGGACGAGGUUCACAAGAGAUAUGCUUUUGGACAGCAAAGCAUGGGAUCAUUAGGCAGCUGGAUCAAAAUGGAUCAAAAAUAACAAAUGUAAACUCAAUGCCUGAUCUUAAUCCAGUAAUUUGGCCAGGAGACCUUUAUGUGGUACCUAAAGGAUGGCAAAUUCCUACUAAUGGAAAGAAGCUCCGUGUAGGUGUACGGACAAGUGGAUAUCCUGAGUUUAUGAAGGUGGAAAGAGAUCCUAUCACCAGUGCAAUAACUGCUACUGGAUAUGCCAUUGAUGUAUUUGAAGAGGUGUUAAAGAGACUACCGUAUGCAAUACCUUAAGAAUAUGUAGCAUUUGAUAAUGCAGACUCUGGGAGCUAUAAUGAUUUUGUCUACCAAGUUCAUCUUGGGAUAUAUGAUGCAGCAAUCGGAGAUAUAACCAUCAGGUCCAAUAGAACUUCCUAUGCCGACAUCACGCUACCUUACACUGAAUCUGGAGUAGCAAUGAUUGUGCCAGUCAAGGAUGACACGAAUAAGAAAGCAUUUUUCCUGAAGCCAUUAACUACUGACUUGUGGUUUGGAAGCAUUGCAUUCUUCAUUUACACAGGGAUUGUCAUCUGGCUAUUGGAGAGACGAAUCAAUAAUGCUGAACUGACUGGUUCAUUUUUUCGCCAGCUUGGGAUAGCAAUACAUUUCUCCUCCUUUGCAGAUAGGGAGAGGGUGGACAGUAUACUGUCUAGAUUGGUUGUCAUUGUAUGGGUCUUUGUAGUCCUCGUGAUAACGUCAAGUUAUACGGCCAAUCUAUCAUCAAUACUAACUGUGCAACAGCUUCAACCCACAGAAACUGAUGUUCAUGAACUCAUAAAAGGUGAAUAUGUAGGGUAUCAUAACGGUUCUUAUGUGGGAGAUCUAUUAGAAGAACUUGGCUUUGACAGAAGAAAGGUCAGAGCAUAUGAAACUUCAGAUGAUUUUGCUGAUGCACUAUCUAAAGGAAGCAAAAAUGGUGGUAUAGCCGCAGUCAUACAUGAAGUUCCAUACAUCAAAAUAUUUCUUUCGAAGCAUUGCAAAGGUUACACAAUGGUUGGACCAAUUUACAAAUCCGAAGGCUUUGGCUUUGCAUUCCCCAAGAGAUCCCCUAUAGUCAAUGACUUCUCCAGGACAAUCCUCAGCAUAACAGAAGGAGAUGCUAUCAUUCAGAUAGAAAAGAAAUGGAUCGGAGAUCAACAUGCCUGUCAAAAUGAUGGUGCCAUUGCCAGCCCAAGCAGUCUAAACUUCAAAAGUUUUUCAGGACUCUUUCUGGUCACAGGAGUUGCUUCAACUUCUGCUCUUUUAAUAGCCCUGGCGAUGUUACUCUAUAAGAAUAAGCACAAGAUAAGGAACAGUAUAAGUCGAGUCCAGACUCAGGGAGGAUAUGGAUCAGAGCAUGCAAGCAGACAGAAUCAAGAAAGAGAACUAGAUUACAACUAGGCCCGGAGCAUGCAGGUAAUAGUGCCAAACGAUCCAGAAGAUGGUAUAUGCCAACAGGAGAUAGAAAUAUGCAUAGAAUUCGCAAGCCCUGGUUCAGAGGUCCAACCAAGUCCUAAUUUUGCAUCUCGCGAGACACCAGGCAACAGUUUGUUGUGCAAUGACAAGUCAGCCUAAUCUAGAUUUCCAUGCCUCCAUUCUCCAGAAUUUGCCCGUGCCAAGUAUAUGCGUACUGAUAUGUGCAUCCCUGCAUUUCAGUCAAUACACCAGCUGACCAGCAACCCAACAGUAAGUUACUCGCAUAUGUAAACUGGUCAGAAAACCAGGAACCAAUCAGUAAGCUAAUUCCAUAUGUAGUCUAGUUAGGCAUCAAAUGUACAUAAACCAGCCAUACCAUUCCUGUGAUCCAAGGAAUUGCCAGGCUGAAUAAACUUGCCUGAUGGUUAGAUUCUUUUGUG